AGAAGAAAUUAUGGCUCUGAGAGUGCUCAGCCAAUGCCUGGCGUCGCAUAUGCGCCGCUUGCAAUUAAACACCGUAGGGAGCUCUUUAAAUAGCUAUAGCGGACGACUCCAAUCGGUUCCACCGCGCUCCUGGACGUUGGAUCAAAGCCGGCUGCUGCACGUGCGUGUUACGGAUCAGGAAGCCGGUUUGCAAGCUAAACGCGAGGCCAAUAGGUUUAACAAUCCAUUCCAAGAUGAAUUUCCUGCGGAAGAUAAUGUGGGUGUUCACAAGCAGCAAAAUAAGUUUAAGUUUGCGAAAAAUGGGAAGGAAAAGAAACCGAAACCGGAAAAAGUUUUAGAGCAUGGGGAUCCGGAUACCUUUGGCGAUGCCAAGAUUAGCGCCAGUCAAUCUGAAGAUCCUGGUGAUAUCGAGGAGGAGGAAUACAUAAGCAAGCCUACGCGGCAUUCAAAGAAACUGCAAACCAAGGAAUACGCACAUCUCAUCAAGGAACACUUGAACGCGAACCGGCUAAACGAUGCCAUUGCCGUGCUGGAGCAGCGUAUGCUCCGAGAGGAUCGCGUCAAGCCAGAGAAGUACAUAUACAAUCUUCUGAUCAGCGGCUGCGCCAAAGCCGGAUACACCCGUAAGGCGUUCUCCCUGUACACGAAGAUGCGGCAGCGCGGACUAAACGUUUCGGGAGGAACGUAUACCUCGCUCUUCAAUGCUUGCGCCAAUGCACCUUCCAUCAGCGAUGGACUGGCCAAGGCUCAGAUCCUGCGAGAGAAUAUGCUGGAGAAGGGCUACGAACCAAAUGCGAAAAACUACAACGCCAUGAUCAAGGCCUACGGCAGGUGCGGAGAUGUAGACACAGCCUACAUGCUGGCAGAUGAAAUGGUGGAUCGUAAGCUGGACAUGAAUGCAGACACAUUCAAUUUCCUGCUGCAGGCGUGCGCCAGCAAUCCGGAGCACGGUUUUCGACAUGCUCUCCUCACGUGGCAUAAAAUGUUGCGGGGAGGCAUCAGCCCGGACUACUACAGCUUCAAUGUUAUGCUACGUUGUGCCCGGGACUGUGGUUUUGGUACUUUGGAGUCCAUGCGAGAGGUUCUACACCAGAUUGCUCCAGCAGCAACCAAACAGGAGGCGGUACCCCAACUGGAGGGAGGAGAAAAGGACAAUUUACUGAGUGAAUCAUCGAGCACCUCUUCUCUGCCUGACCACAUCGAAGUGGCGACAACUGCAAGUGAGCUGGAACUACCCAAUCUUCUGCUGCCGCGCCCACACCUGGGCAGUCUGGUGGCCCUAGAGGAAGUGACCCGUCCCCAUGAGCGUUUCCUCUUGCUGGGCGGCAUCACGGGAUUUCUGGAGCACAUGAAACAGCACAAGAUAACCCCCGAUAUACAGACCUUCACGACCAUGCUAGAGGUGAUCCCUCCCACCAACUCUGCUGAGAAGCAGCUCCUCACAUUCGUCCGCAAGAUUGGCCUGAAGGCAGACAUAGACUUUUUCAAUAUACUGAUCAAAAAGCGAUCGAUGCGCUUUGACUACGACAGUGCCCGCGAAGUUCUUUCCAUGAUACGCACUGCAGGAUUACGUCCGGAUAUCGUUACCUAUGGCGUGCUCGCCCUGGGUUGCCGAACCCAGGAGGAAGCGAGGGAACUGUUGCUGCAAAUGCAGGAGGCUGAAAUUAAAAUGAACAUGCCCAUACUAGGAGCCAUGUUGCGCCAGGGCUGUGCCCAGAAGUCCUUCGGCUACAUCAAUGAAAUCAUGCAACUAAGCCUGGAAGAGGGCGUCAAGCCCAACGAGCCAUUCCUCCGUCAUCUGCACAACUUUCACAGAGGAUGCGCCCGGGCUAUUGAUGCCAGGCACCCUUCGACCAAGACGCCCACUUUUAAGAAGGGACACUCGAAGUUCUGUGAUAAGUACCGCCUGUACUACGAAGAGCAGGGCCUGACUGGCCUUCAGCUGGAAGAUGCCAUUGCCAAGAUAAAGGUACGCCCCUAUGCCAAGUAUAAGGAGGCAGCCGUGGACGGUCUGGAACCACUCAAGCACGAGCAGGUCAAGCGAAAAACAAAGCUGAGGAAAUAUAUUAAGAAAAUCAAGAUCGAUGAGCUGCAGGAUGACCCUCCAAGAGAGUUCAUCAAGAAGAUAGAAUAGGUUUACGAUGUAGGUUUUAUUAAAGAUUAUUUUUGUUAGCCAA